UAUAGGCUCUACCGUCGUUUUUCUUUCGGGCAUUUUUCCUCCUCGUUUUCAGUUUAAUUUUUCCGCCCGCGACGUUCUCGCGCACCGCCGGUUGCUCGCACACCGCGCUAAAUCUCUGCCGCGGGAACAGCUCGUCGCCGACCACUGCCAUACAUUACCCGGACAACCACGCGUCGUGUAGCAGCGGCCGGAUCCAGAGUCCUCUCCCAAACCGUGUAGGAGGCGUACACGUUUUCAAAUACGCGCGCGAAAACCGUCCAUUAUUAUUGUAAUAAUAUAUUAUUAUUAAUUAAAAACACAGCGCGCGCGUUUCGUCCGGAUCCGGCAAACCCGCCGCGACACCAGGUGGCGCCCCGUCGUCUCGUCGCCGCCGCCGUCGCGCAUAUCGAUUGGGCUUUUGAUCCUUUUCGCUCGCCGUGCGUAUACCUUCGCCCGCGCGCGAGUGUGUACGUGUAGUGUGUGUGUGUGUGUGUGUGUGUGUGUGUGUGUGUCGAGUGCGCGAGUGUGUGCGCAUAUUUCCGGAACGUAUCUCCUGCACGUACACGGACGCCGCCGAUGACAAGCGUCUGAACUCGUGUACGAACUUAUCCAAGUUUGCGUGCCGUGCACACAGUGUGGGAGGCGGUACGAGCACUCCCCCCCACCCCUCGUCCGACAGUAUUAUAAUAUAGUCGCCGCCGAGUUUCGCACGAGCAACGACCGUCGUUUGUCGGGCGCACAGCUGCAAAGAUGGCCGGCCAAGACGGUAAAUGGCAGAAGGAAGGGUCCGACCAGAACUUCGAUUACAUGUUCAAGUUGCUCAUCAUCGGCAACAGUAGCGUCGGCAAGACUUCGUUCCUGUUUCGGUACGCCGACGACAGUUUCACGUCGGCCUUCGUGUCCACGGUGGGCAUCGAUUUCAAAGUAAAAACCGUGUUCAGGCACGACAAACGGGUCAAACUUCAGAUAUGGGACACGGCGGGCCAGGAACGUUACAGGACCAUCACGACGGCGUAUUACAGGGGCGCCAUGGGGUUCAUUCUCAUGUACGACAUCACCAACGAGGAGUCGUUCAACAGCGUGCAGGACUGGGUAACACAGAUCAAGACAUACUCUUGGGACAACGCGCAGGUGAUACUGGUGGGCAACAAGUGCGACAUGGAACACGAACGUGUGAUAUCGUACGAGCGGGGCAAAACGCUGGCCGACGAGCUGAACAUCGAAUUCUUCGAGACGUCCGCCAAAGACAACCACAAUGUCAAGGCCGUGUUCGAACGACUCGUGGACAUCAUAUGCGACAAGAUGUCCGAGAGCUUGGACUCGGACCCGACACUGGUGGCCGGAGCCAAGGGCACCAGACUCACCGAACAGCCGCAGGGUCCAAACAAUCCGAAUUGCAACUGUUAAGAGUCUCGUACCUGGUUUCGGAUACACACCACGGCCCCGCGAGAUACUUCAAACAACAAAACCCGUCGCAGCAGUACCGAAACAUAAAAAGACACACUUAACAGAAUUAUUAAACAUUUCAAAAAAAAAAAAAACCACAAAAUUUUCAAACAAACCAUAUUAUUAAAACCGAUAACCUUGGACAGCGGAUCGUUCAUGUAAUAUAUUGUAGGCUGAAAAGCGACGAGUACUUAACAUACAACACACGUAUUGUUAUAAUAUACGUAUAUUGUAUAUUAUUUAUAAACGAUAUUAUACAAUAUUAAUAUGAUAGAGCCACUACCUCAUCUGCAGAUAUUGUUUCAUAUAGAGACGUCGUGUGUCCGUUUUCUUGUAACUUAUUGUUGUUCAGCGAAGACUUCGUAAAAAAUUAACCACGGGAUUGUCACAUAAUUUUGUUUAAAUUUAACAAUAUAACAGUACAAUGUAUUCGUAGGUACCUAUAAUGACUAUAGUAAUAAUAAUAAUAUAAUACCUAUACUAUUAUAUUCUACGCCGGACAAUAAUCAUUUUUUUUUUCUUUGGUUUUAGUCGAGUUAUCACAAAAUAUUAGCCGCGAUCGUACUACAUGUUUUUAGCACAACACUUAUAUUACGACGUUACCUAUAUGUAUAUAAUACGACGACGAGAAGUUUAAAUUAAAAUUAAGUGUUUUUGAGCGGAAGAAAACAACGCGUACGAUGAAAAAUUAAUAUCAGUGUAGGUAUAACUCCCGGAGACUGCAUGCAGCAUCAGUGUAUUUUACGCGCGUUUCAAAAUUCGUUCAAAAUAAAAAGAUGGUAAAGAUAAUAAUAAUGAUAAAAAAAAAAAAAAAAAACGUAAUACCAAGUGAGAGUGCUUUCUGCGACGACCGAUGACAUUGUAUGCGAAAAAAAAAAUCAAAUUAUAUUAACGUUCAACACGAUGACUUUCGAUCACGUUCGCGGCGAACACUCAAUACGGAACAUUCGGUGAAUAUAAUAAUAAUAAUAAUAAAAUAUUAUAGUUUCGUAUGCGUACUUGACAACGAGUUGACACAUUUUUUUCUUUUGUCUCCGUCUAGCGCCGGUCCUCGAUCUAGAUUCCUCCUUCGAUAAUAAUACAUUUUGUGCGCUAUAUAAUGAUAUUAUUUUACAAUAUUUAUGCCAUGCCAUGCCAUCCCAUAUUCUCUUAGGGUGCUUUCGACGAUACAAUAUUCGACUACGCGUGUUAUUGCGUUGUAUAUAAUAAUAUACUAUAAAUAGGUAUGUGUUCACCUGCACAACAAUAAUAAUAAUAAUAGUAUCGAUAAUAUUAUUAUUAUGAUAAAUCGUCAACGAUUAUAUCGCCGUCGACGAAAAUAUAUCUUAUAACAUUUAUGUUUCGUUAUUGGACUUACGCGCGCGCCCGAAUGAAUUUUUUAGUAAAAUAAUAAUUUAAUAUUACAGUGCAGUUGUAGUCCGUCGCAGACCGUUCUUAUAUUCAGCACCACUCGGCGUGUAGUUUUAAAUGUAUUAUAUAUAAUAUAGUUGAACUAUACUAUAACUAGUAUUUACUACUACUACUACUACUACUAAUUAAAUAUUAAUAAUAAUAUAUAGAGGCGUACUCGUGUUAAAAACAUUUUCUAGUCGGAUCAUGUUGAUGCGCGCUCUUUAGUGACGCGUGUAUAUACAUAUAGAGGAGGUAGUUUAUUAUUAUUAUAUAUUAUAUAAGAAAAAAAAAUUAAUAAUAAUAAUAUUAUAUAAUAUAUAGCAAUCGAUUGUUCGUUUGGUCUUGAUGUUUGAAAUUUAUCCCGUUAAAAAUGAAAACCGUUUUUGAAAACGAAAAAAAUUACUAUAUUAUGCCGUUUUGCAUUACACGCUAAACAACAACGUUAACGUGUAUUAUACAUAUACAUAUUUAAUAUUUAUAUAUAAUUGUAUUUGAUUUUUGACUACAGUUAAUUAUUAUUAAUUAUUAUUAAUUAUUAUUAUUAUUAUUAUUAUUAUAUUACAAAUUUAUUAAUAUAUUAUAUAGGUAAUUAUUAUUUCGUGUAUAGAUAAAUUGGAAUAAAAACUAUCAAUCCAAAA